ACAACGACAUGGAGGGCCUCGUCCCCGUCUCUUUCCACUCGUCCAGAGCGCGGGCAGCCGCCGCAAGCGCCACCGCUUACCCUCGGCCGUCGGCGCCGCCGCCUACCCUCCGUCGUCGGCGUCCCCUCUUGCGUCCGCCGCCACGCCGGACCCUCCUCUGCCCCGCCUCGAGCGCCUCCCUCGAGCAGCCGUUCCCCAUCCCAGCAGCGUCGUCGCUCCCCGAAGCCGCUCCAGCCCAACAACACCGCCCCCGCACCUACGCCGGUGCUGCCUCCCACGUCCGCUGCCACACCGGACCCCCUCUACCCCGCCUCAAGCACUUCUCUGGAUCAGCCGCCCCCAUUCCAGCAGGGCCGUCGGACCCGGCAGCCGCCGCUCCUGCACAGCAACGCCGCCCCAGGAGCUACGCCGGCAGAUUGCAGGUAAAAUCUGGCGAUCUAUGUAACGACGACAAGAGAGUUUGUGAAGCAUUGCAUAUAAAGUAUUUUCUUGAAGAACAUUGCAUAGCAAAGUUUGCCUUCAAGAUUGUUAAUUCAGCAUGAUUGUUGGCUUGUUGCAUAUGAGCUCAGAUGGUAAAUGAGCGAUUGAUGAAAGCUAGGAGAUCACCAGCAACUUUAGUGUUUAUUAGUAGUUGAGCUGAUUAUGGUCAGAUUUCUUAUACAACUUAUCUAAUUAAUUUUUUGUCUUGUCAUUGGCUCAAUUGGAUCCAGAGCUACAUUGUAUAUCAUGCGUGUAUGAAAAUAAAUUGCUCUCAGUGUUCUAUGACCAAUUAGCAUAUAAAC